UGAAUUUAUAACCCGCCCUAAAUAUUUUUGUAUAGUAAAAAAACCUAUGUUGCCAGAAUAUCUGUGUAAAAGUCUCCAAAAAAGCCUGUUUCUGCUUAGGAAACAUGGGAAAAUAGUAGGGAAAGAAGGGGAUAUAUCAUAUAUUAAGAAAAAAGGACAAUAUUUAAGCUUUUUCAGAAGUAAAUCAACAUAUGAAGAAAAAACAGUAUUUCCAAAGGUAUCAAUUUCAGAAAUCCAAAAGGAUUAUCAAAAUCUAAUGAAAUGCCUUGUUCAACCAGUUGUUAUUAUUACAACAAAUGAUCUUAAGACUAAUGGCAUGGGUCGAGCUAUAACAGUAUCAUCAUUUUCAUCUAUUUCUAUUAAUCCUAUGCCUAUUGUAUCAUUCAGUAUAAAAUUGCCAUCACGUAUGGCAUAUCUUCUUGGAAAGUCCAAAAGAUUUGCAGUUCAUGUAUUAAAAUCUCAUUGUGAUCAAAUCAAGCUUGCACAAGAAUAUGCACAAAACAGGGUAUUUAAUGAGAAUGAAAUAUCUAAUAUUUCAAAAAAUCAUUGUAAGGAAUCAUUGAAUGAACUUCCUAUUUUAUCAGGAGUUCUUGGGAUUCUUUAUUGUAAUACAUAUAAAACAAUAAAUAUUGGAGAUCAUAAAAUUUGGUUUGGAACAGUUGAAUAUGUGGAAAAUAUAGAUGUAUAUGAGAAGAUGUCAUUAUCAUAUUGUCAAGGGGAUUUUAGAUUAAUUAAAAAGGACUAGGCUAUAUAUUUUUAUAUAAAUGUCAUAUUAUUAUGGAAAACUCAAA